AUGAAGUGGCUGCUGCUGCUGGGUCUGGUGGCGCUCUCUGAGUGCAUCAUGUACAAAGUCCCCCUCAUCAGAAAGAAGUCCUUGAGGCGCACCCUGUCUGAGCAUGGCCUGCUGAAGGACUUCCUGAAGAAGCACAACCUCAACCCAGCCAGAAAGUACUUCCCCCAGUGGGAGGCUCCCACCCUGGUAGAUGAACAGCCCCUGGAGAACUACCUGGAUAUGGAGUACUUCGGCUCUAUCGGCAUCGGAACUCCUGCCCAGGAUUUCACGGUCAUCUUUGACACCGGCUCCUCCAACCUGUGGGUGCCCUCAGUCUACUGCUCCAGUCUCGCCUGCACCAACCACAACCGCUUCAACCCGGAGGAUUCCUCCACCUACCAAUCCACCAGCGAGACAGUCUCCAUCGCCUAUGGCACCGGCAGCAUGACAGGCAUCCUCGGAUACGACACUGUCCAGGUUGGAGGCAUCUCUGACACCAAUCAGAUCUUCGGCCUAAGCGAGACCGAACCCGGCUCCUUCCUGUAUUAUGCUCCCUUUGACGGCAUCCUGGGGCUGGCCUACCCCAGCAUUUCCUCCUCUGGGGCCACACCCGUCUUUGACAACAUCUGGAACCAGGGCCUAGUUUCUCAGGACCUCUUCUCUGUCUACCUCAGCGCCGAUGACCAGAGUGGCAGCGUGGUGAUAUUUGGUGGCAUUGACUCUUCUUACUACACUGGAAGUCUGAACUGGGUGCCUGUUACUGUCGAGGGUUACUGGCAGAUCACCGUGGACAGCAUCACCAUGAACGGAGAGGCCAUCGCCUGCGCUGAGGGCUGCCAGGCCAUUGUUGACACUGGCACCUCUCUGCUGACCGGCCCAACCAGCCCCAUUGCCAACAUCCAGAGCGACAUCGGAGCCAGCGAGAACUCAGAUGGCGAUAUGGUGGUCAGCUGCUCAGCCAUCAGCAGCCUGCCCGACAUCGUCUUCACCAUCAAUGGAGUCCAGUACCCCGUGCCACCCAGUGCCUACAUCCUGCAGAGCGAGGGGAGCUGCAUCAGUGGCUUCCAGGGCAUGAACGUCCCCACCGAAUCUGGAGAGCUUUGGAUCCUGGGUGAUGUCUUCAUCCGCCAGUACUUUACUGUCUUCGACAGGGCAAACAACCAGGUCGGCCUGGCUCCCGUGGCUUAAGCCUAAGUCUUUCCAGCCACCUCCCGGGAAGAUCUGGCCUCCGUCCUGUGCCCACUUUAGAUGUAUCUAAUUCUCCUGACUGUUCUUCCCAGGGGAGUGUGGAGGUCUUGGCCCUGUUCCCUCUCCUACCAAUAACGUAGAAUAAAAACAUAACCUACU